UUGAACGUCGAAGCCCUAAAGGGAUCGUCACUCACCACAACAGUGUCUAGUGUUCGAGAUCAGCCCGGAGGGGUGCUGCGCCCCGCCCCGACACCGGACAGAAAAACAACAUACAGAACAGAUCGAUCGAUAACAACAGACACUCACACGGACCGCCUCUACUACGAGUAUAUGAUACUCAGAUACAUUACGGGCUACACCUGGACGAGGAGGAGAGAGAAGGAGAUACAACCUACUGGAGGAGAGGAGAAGAGAUGA